AUGAGGGGGCACUACAAGUAUGGAUAUCCGAAGAAAUUUGCUGCCGAAACAACUAAUAGCAGCGAUGGAUACCCACUUUAUAAAAGGAUAGAUACUGGAGAAAGUGUUUGUAUUCGCAGGGUUAAUAUGGAUAACAGGUCGGUUAUUCCGUAUAACCCGUACCUAUUAUCACUCUUUGAUUGCCACUUAAACGUUGAGGUUUGUUCGACCAUAAUGGCAGUUAAAUACUUGUACAAAUAUGUGUACAAGGGCCAUGACAAGAUCACAUUCAACGUCGUGCAGGAUGGUAGCACUGCUAUUGUUGAUGAGAUCCAACAGUAUCAGGCUGGGAGGUGGGUUUCCCCGUGUGAGGCAGCAUGCAGGAUUUUCGGGUUCGAUAUGUUUGAGAUGUCUCCAUCAGUGUUGCCUUUGCAAAUAUAUCUACCUAACUUGCAUACAAUCCAGGUAAUGCCUCAUGAGAAUUUAGACGAGAUCAUUUCAAAUGACAAAAGAUCUCGAACUCAACUUACAGAAUUCUUUAGGAUGAACGCUGCCACGCCUGAUGGAACGGGAUAUACGCUCACUUUUGUAGCACCUGCUGAAGGGGAACGUUACUUCCUCAAAUUAUUACUGAUGCACGUGGAUAGCCCGCGAUCCUUUGAUCAUCUUAGGACUGUUGAUGGAUAUAAGUGUGCCACUUUUCAGGAGACAGCAUUGCGGCUGAAAUUGCUAGAGGAAGACAACGAUGUCGAUUUGUGCUUAGCGGAAGCGUGUGAAGUGCAAAUGCCGACUGCAUUCCGGCAGCUCUUUUCAACAGUCCUGAUCUUCUGCCAAACAAGUGACCCCAAUGCCCUCUGGUUAAAAUACUACGACGCUCUCUCUGAAGAUUUUAGGCACCAGUUUCUGGGUUCUGACAGCAAGUCAAGGGAGCUCACUGUUAGAUCUGUUGAGCAAUCUCUCGAAGCAAUGGGGAAACCAUUUAGAGACUUUGGUCUCCAACAUUUAAAUGAUUUUCAAGAUGAAGAGUUCAGGCGAACAAAAGACAUUAUCGAUGCACUUGAUGCACUGAUACCUCAGGACUGUAUUGAUGCCCGUAACACAUUAAACCAAGCACAACAGGAGGCAUUUGACAGCAUUAUUGACCACGUUCUUAAGGGGAAACCUGGUGCAUUCUUCAUAGACGGGCCCGGAGGAAUAGGUAAAACCUUCCAAUACAAUGCUCUCUAUGCAGAGGUUCGUUUGAUGAACAAGAUUGUCCUUCCAACUGCCACAUCUGGAAUUGCAGCAUCAAAUAUACCUUUUGGGAGGACUGCUCACUCUCAGUUUAAAAUACCGAUAGAUUCUGAUGCUUCCCUUGCUUGCGAUGUUCCUAAACAGGGCAACCUUGCAUGUUUAAUAAAAGAAACAUCGUUGAUUAUUUGA